AUCCAUCUAUUCUAUUCAUAACGUGUUUCUUCUUCUUCUUACCAACUCUACCCCUCUCACAACGCAAAACCGUUGUUCACUUUAUUCAUAACGUGUUUUUAUUACUAACUCUUCUCUUGUGUUGUCUCAAUUCUCACACACAGCACAAAAACAAUACAAGUGAAGUAACUAGUAACUAAUGAGUGAGUAUCAUCUUGUCACAAUUCUGAAACCAAAACACAAAACAACAAUGCAACAACAUUCUCAUACACUCUUCACUACCAUCACCAUAAUCCUCUUCUCAUUCUUCUUCCCUCUAACAUUUUCUGACCUCUCAUCGGAGCGCGCGGCGCUGCUCGCCCUGCGCUCCGCCGUGCGCGGCCGCACCCUCCUCUGGAACGCCACCGCCGCCUCGCCCUGCGCCUGGCCCGGCGUCCAAUGCGACGCUGCCAACGCUACCGUGGUCGAGCUCCACCUCCCCGCCGUUGCACUCUCCGGCGAGCUCCCAGCCAACGUGUUCCCGGCGCUCAAGAACCUCCACACCCUCAGCCUCCGCUUCAACUCCCUCUCCGGCACCCUCCCCGCCGACCUCGCCGCCUGCGCCGCCCUCCGCAACCUCUUCCUCCAACAGAACCACUUCUCCGGCGAGGUUCCGGCGUUCCUCUCCGCCAUGACCGGCCUCAUCCGCCUCAAUUUGGCCUCCAACAACUUCUCCGGUCCAAUUCCGGUCCGGUUUGGGAACCUCACCCGGUUGAGGACCCUUUUCCUUGAGAACAACCGGUUCAACGGUUCGCUUCCAAAUUUUGAAGAACUCAAUGAAUUGGCUCAGUUCAAUGUCUCAUACAACAUGUUAAACGGUUCUGUGCCUAAAAAGUUGCAAACUUUUGGUGAAGAUUCGUUUUUAGGGAAUACCCUUUGUGGGAAACCUCUAGCAAUUUGUCCUUGGGACGACGGGGGUGGUGAGAGUGGUGCAAAUGGGAAUUCAAAUUCAAGUGGGGUUGGAGGGGGUGAAGGGAGUGUGAUUGGAGGGGAGAAGAAUAAGAAGGGGAAGCUUUCUGGGGGUGCAAUUGCUGGUAUUGUUGUUGGGAGUGUGGUGGUUCUUUUGUUGGUUGUGUUUGCUUUGAUUCUCUUGUGUAGAAGUGGGAACAAGACUAGGAGUGUUGAUAAUGUUAAUAACAUUGUGGGGUUGAAGGAGGAGCAGCAUCAGCAUCAGCAUCAGCAUGGGGAGGUGGGAAUUGAGAGUGGCAAUGUGGAGAAUGGUGGUGGUGGGGGAGGUGGGAAUUUGGUGGCUGCAGCAGUGGCGGCGGUGAGUGGCGGCAGCGGUGGUGGUGGUGGUGGUGGUGGUGGUGGUGGAGGAGGAGGAGGAGGAGAUAAGAAGUUGGUGUUUUAUGGUAAUAAGGUGAAGGUGUUUGAUUUGGAGGAUUUGUUGAGGGCUUCUGCUGAGGUGUUAGGGAAAGGGACUUUUGGGACUACCUAUAAGGCGGUUAUGGAGGAUGGGCCUGUGGUGGCUGUGAAGAGGUUGAAGGAUGUGACUGUUUCGGAGAAGGAGUUUAAGGAGAAGAUUGAUGGGGUGGGAAUGAUGGAUCAUGAGAAUUUGGUGCCUCUCAGGGCUUACUACUAUAGCAGGGAUGAGAAGCUUCUUGUUCAUGAUUACAUGCCAAUGGGAAGCCUAUCUGCAAUUUUGCAUGGAAACAAAGGAGCUGGUAGGACACCACUGAAUUGGGAAAUGAGAUCAAGCAUUGCACUAGGAGCUGCUUGCGGCAUCCAGUACCUGCAUUCACAAGGGCCAAGUGUUUCUCAUGGAAACAUAAAAUCCUCCAACAUCCUCCUAACCAAGUCCUAUGAUGCCAGGGUGUCUGAUUUCGGCCUCACACACCUUGUUGGCCCUUCAUCCACGCCUAACAGGGUUGCUGGCUAUCGUGCUCCCGAAGUAAUCGAUCCGCGCAAAGUGUCUCAGAAGGCUGAUGUAUACAGUUUCGGAGUGUUGCUCUUGGAGCUUCUCACAGGAAAGGCUCCUACACAUGCCCUCUUGAAUGAGGAAGGAGUGGACCUUCCAAGAUGGGUGCAAUCAGUUGUUAGAGAAGAGUGGAGUUCUGAGGUGUUUGAUAUUGAACUCCUUAGGUAUCAGAAUUCUGAAGAGGAGAUGGUUCAGUUGUUGCAACUUGCAGUGGAUUGUGUUGUUCCAUACCCUGAUAACCGUCCUUCAAUGUCUCAAGUGAUUCAACGCAUACAAGAGUUACGUAGGCCUAGCAUGAAAGAGGCUACUCAAGACCAAAUCCAACAACUUGAUUUGAUCAAUGAUAUAGAUGAUGCGUCUUCUAGAUGAGUUUGUUAUGGGUUUGUGUACAAGGAUAAACUUCUACAUGGUCAUUAUUGUCUUGGACAAUCUCUAUGUGACAUAUAAUCACAUUUUUCUCAAUUUAUGAAAAAAAAAGGUUAAUAACGUGUUACAUGAAGAUCAGCCUAGAACUAUAUGAUUUCAGACCAUGUAAUAAUUUCUCCAAAAACAUGGAUCUUCUUGGCUUUGUCAAGAGCCCCAUAUUUUGCUUCCUAAAUCCUGUGCUUAUGUUUUAUUUUGUUUUUUAAGCUUUGGGUCAUAAUUUUCUUCAGCACCCAACUUUGAAUUUUCCUCCAAUCUCAAUUGUACUAGUUCUCUUAUCUUUUCUUUUCUUUUUUUCUGUAUCAAUACCUUGAGGGAGUGGAUAUCUACUUCAUUAGUUAUUGCCGGUGGAUUCUGGUUGAUGUAAUUAUUACUUUUGCUUUAACAUUGGCUUUUGCUUUUUGGUGA